GUUGUGCUGGUGGAAAGUCCCCGCGGAACUGCUUGAAUAAAAGCCCCAAUGGAAGCUGAAGUCCAUUCGAUCUUCGUCGUCGUCUUGGUCGUGUGGAGCGCGCAAGACACCAAACCGCCGUGACCGACAUGCACGCAUACGCAGUUUUCCAGCUUCUGUGCUGCUUCCUGUUCCCGCGGACAAUCCACACAGCGCCAGCCAUUGCCCCUUCGCCAGGCUUGCAAGAUGCGCUGGAACGAGCUGGGAUGCUGGCCGACAAAAUCUCCAGGGACGUCCCCACCACGCUCGCCCAGGCUUCGACCCUUGACCUCACGAGCCCCAUCGGUGACCUUCAGAUGCUCGCCGCCACCCUCAACAUCCCUCCAGUGCCUGUCCUCAAGCCCCUGUCCCCAAACUUCAACGUGGACAUGUGCCUGAAUCGCAUGGCAGCCGGCGUGCGGAUGUUCCAGGGUCUUUUGGGAGCUCUGUCGGAGCGCCUUGGUGGUCUGGAACGCCUUCAAGCCGACCUGCGAGACCUACUUGCUCACAUUGCAAAGGUCCGGGAGGCGGCCUGGCCCGGUGGCGACGAGACCAACCAGGAUGAGCAUCUUGACCAAUGGGCGGGGCUUGCGGCACAGCUCCAUGGCGACUACGAGGUUCAGGCGGCCGUUCACUUGACGCUCACGCAGCUUCGAUCCUUCGCUCAUGACAUCAUCCGAAGCCUGCGAGCCAUCGCCGCCCAGCGCUAAGACGAUGGAUGUGAUACGCCGUCCGGAAAUACUGGGACCAUCCUCCUCUUCUUGCGCCGCCUCCUACUGGACAGACCCUGCGACAGGAAUGACGAGGAACUGACUUUGACGUCCGUGGCGGCGGUGGGCGGGGCUCGCAGUCAGCUACGGUGAGGAAUGCGAUGAGCUGAGACUUGGCGAGCACGCCGAGACACGCUCGCCAAAUGCUUCUCACGAGAAGCUUCUCGCACUUUUCUGCACACUUGCCUUACUUAAGGGAACCUUAUUUAUUGAUCUAAUGUUUCACUUUUUAUAUUUAUGAAUUAAUCAUUCAUAUUUAUUUAUCAUAAUCUUAUUUAUUUUUAUGAAUGGAGUGCAACAGCUUCUUGUCUUGGGCUGUGAUGGGAAUCACGCCACAUCCUCUACAUAGUAGGGGUGCAACAAUUCAUCAAUUAACUGAUGAGAACUCGAUGAUCAAAUGAACUGAUAACUAUUUUGAUAACCACUUUUAGAGACUUUGUUGAACUUAACUGAGCGUAAUUUCAGUACCUCAACAGUAAGCAUCCUCCAAUUUCUAUUGUCCGUCAUGAAAGCAGACUUAUCUAUGUCAGCUUUGACUUUGCAAGACAAUCGACAUUUUUGCCGAUUUUUCUAAUGGAUGUUACGGCCCAAACCAGAGAAUGAAUCAUCAACAAUUUCACUGUCAAUUUCAGAUAAUGUCCUGUUUCCUAAUAAAGUGAUGAGAAUUAAA